CUCUCACUUUUUACAGAGAGUUGCUUUCUCAAUCUCAUUUCGUUAAUCGCAUUAUAACCCAAAAACUCAUGGCGAUGUGGGUUUUUGGCUACGGUUCUUUAAUUUGGAAAACUGGCUUCCACUAUGAUGAUCGCCUUGUGGGCUUCAUCAAAGGCUAUCGUCGGGUCUUCUACCAAGGGAGUACUGAUCACAGGGGCACUCCAGAAUUCCCAGGUAGAACUGUCACAUUGGAGCCUGCUGAAGGGGAGGUUUGUUGGGGUGUUGCAUACAAGAUAAUCCGGAAGGAAGAUCAAGAAGAAGCACUGACGGUAUGUUUUUUUUAUACUUUAUCGUAUGCAUGUUACAUUAGUAAGUAUCAAUUUUUGGCAUUUACUGUUCUUUACACUGUCUUGUUGGAGGAAAAGGGGUCCAUGUUGUAUUCAUCUCAAAUUUUGGUUACUUUAAUCAGUAAUAUGCCUCAGACUUGA